AUGACGGUGAACCAUAUACAGCUUAUCGAACGGUUGCCAUACGACAUCAUCGAGCGCAUAUUUGCGUGUCUCAGCCAAAACGAUUGCUUGGAAUGUAUGGCUGUAUCAAGAGCUUGGUAUAAGCUUGUGCCUCAGUAUGCAACCUUUGUGUGGCGUCAAGUUCAUAUUUCCGGUGGCCAACAAGAUGAGCGAUUCAAGGAAUGUCUUGGACCCCAUGUGCAGCAUUGUCAAAUCUCUUGGGCGAAUGAUAGUCAGACAUGUGCUGUUCUUCAUAUGCUUACUCAACAAGGCUGUGUCCACUUACAAACGCUUGCCUUUACCCAUUGUCGAUUACCAGACCAAAGGCGUUUCAUGCAGAUUUUAGCACCGCUCACCACACAUCUUCGCAAGCUUACCUUUACCGAGCACAGUGACAACAUGGCAAUCAUACAUAUCCUAGCCUUGUGCCCCAACAUUACACACUUUACGUUAUCGUCUUUGGAGUCCAAUGCUGAGAUUUACAAUAAUGAGCCGUUGCUAUGCCAACAGUUGCCUGACAACCUCGUAUUCGAUCGACUUUUGCAUUUACGGUUGGACGUCGUCAUGGAUAAGCACAAACGUCUCGCACCAAUACUUAAACGGUGUCCUCACUUGAAGUACUUGGCUGUGUGUAAUAUUGCACCAGACACCGACGCCUAUUUACUUCCAAGCAGUGCAUCAAUUGAUCUCGAUUUAUUCAUGCAAUGUUGUCCUGAGCUCACUUUUCUCGAAUGCAAUUCAUGGGAACAACAACAAGGUGUUGAUAUGAUUGAUUAUGAUCUCAAAAGGGGUGGAUCAACAGGAUUACAACAAUUGAUUACGCGUGAAGCGGCCGAUUAUACUGCAGCAGCCAUUUUGCCAAUGGUGAUGAAGCAUCAACAUACGCUAUCGUUGUUAAGUUUGGGUGGAGCGCUUGGUGGUGGUAGCAUGAGCCGAUCGGAUUGGACGAAUCUUGCCUUGAUCCAUGGGCCAAAACUUUGCACACUUUCUCUCAAGUACAUCACUAUUUCAUCCACUCUACUUGAAACCAUGAUCCAUCAAUGCCCAGCUUUGGAAGAUGUGACUUUGUGGACGACUAAUCCAGUACAAUCACCACCUGAGACAGCAUUACGAGAACUACCAAAUCUCAAACGACUUGACCUAGGGCGGUUUAGUAACAGCAUGAAUCGAAGUAAUUUUCUUCAAUCGUUACGGGGGAUUGAGUCACUUGUAUUGCGUUACUGGGGUCGUGAUAUGACGGAUGAGGAGCUGGAUGCAUUAUCAUCUAUAGAAGGAUUACAGGAAUUACUACUCGUUCAAUCAGGAUCAAGGGUGACUCAACAAGGAUUGUGUCGAUUCGCCAAGAAUGCGAUAUCAUUGAGGAGGUUGGAAUUGCACAACAUGACAUGCAUGUUAUCGGAGGCAGUGUUGGCGGCAUGGGGAGAGAUGCGAUGCUUGACUACGCUGAAAUUGGUUUGUUGCAAAGGAUUGACAUGUCAAGGCAUACGUGAUAUGGUGGAUAGGUCUACAAGCCUACGACAAUUCAACAUAGCUUAUUGUGAUCUCGUUGAUACUUUUGGUGUGAUGGAUUAUGUAAACAAUAAAUUGUCUGCGGCAGCGCAAUGUUGA